UAUGACAAGAUGGCGGAAUGUGAAAACAUCAACGAUGUCUCAGACGCAGGACCUCCCAAAUUAUCCGAGCUGAUGGAUCGUGGCUGGAAGAUAUUUGAGGAUGUAGACAGCACGAGCGAGCCGCUGGGCUCUAACGCUGUCCAGGUGAAGGUGAGGCGCGGUAUCAGCGCGCUGGAAGAAGCCUCCAGAAUGGUGGCUCAGCUCGAGCUGUUCAGCCGCAAUGAGGAGCUGGAGGAGGUGGCCACGGCGGACCUCCGCUACCUGCUGCUGCCCGCCCUGCUGGGAGCCCUCACCAUGAAGCAGAGCGGUCGGGACAAACGGCUGGAGAUAGUGCAGACAGCCCGGGCUUACUUUGUGGAUUAUCUGAAGAGAUGUAAAGAGUAUAACGUGUCACAAUUUGAACUGCCAAAAGUGACGAGUGACAGCAGUCCCGAUGAAGCAUCAGAAAAUGGACUCUGCUCAGCCAGGGCUGCCCCCUGUCCCUCAGACCUGGUCUCCAUGGCAGCACAGAGACAAGCAAAGAUUGAGCGGUACCGGCAGAAGAAGGAGCUGGAGGCCAGACUGUCAGACAUACAGAGAGCUGUGGACAGCGGACAGGCUGACGAUGAAAUCAUCAGAGAUUAUUACCUCCUGAAUGUGCGGAGAUGGGUCACUGUGUGUCUGGAGGAAAUUGAGAGCAUCAACCAGGAGGUGGAGAUCCUUAAGAGAAUGGACGGUCUGAAGCAAGGUGCCGCCAAGCAGCCAGCUCAGCCAGCCCGGCCUCCCAUGAAACCCUUCAUUCUCACCAAGGACGCUGUACAGGCUCAGGUGUUCGGGGCGGGAUACCCCAGCCUCCCCACCAUGACCGUAGAUGACUGGUAUGAGCAGCACAGGAAGCACGGAGCCCUCCCUGACCAGGGGAUACCCAGCAGGGUCUCUGCAGAGGACACUGAUGCAAAUGAGAGGGAGGAAGAAGAGAAAGAGAGAAAGGCUGAAAACGAUGAUGAGGAGUCUUUGCUGAAAGCCAGAAACUGGGAUGACUGGAAAGACACUCAUCGCAGAGGUUAUGGGAACCGCCAGAACAUGGGCUAACUGAUCCCCACACCGUGUGUCCCCAGACAGAUUGAACUCUGUCCUCAUUUCUAUUCUAAUCAGCCCAGGACCUUCUUCAAGAUCCUGAUUCACCAGACUGUUGGUUUGAGAAGGUUACCAAACCAGAAACACACCACAGCAUUGCCAAACACCCUUUCGGGCUCAUGGACCCUCAAGGUGAUUCACUGAUGUUCUAUUUUCUGUUGUCAGUUAACAAGGUGAGAUUCAACAGUCUGUGUGGUGUUUUUCAGUGAAUCUGAGUAAAAAUCUACAAUUGAUGUGGACUGAAUGGAGCCCAGCUGUAAUGCCAAUGCUUCUGCUGUGUUGUGUGUAUUCCUCUAACACUGUCAAUGCAAAUAAAGAGUCUCAACAAACCAUGGUGUUUACACAA